CCAAAAAGUUUAUUUAUUGUCCUCAGACAUCAGGACGACAGGCUCAUCCAUGCUCAAGGCCUUUCACAUUUUCACGGAUUCAAGCCAAGGUAGAUUCUGUUUCAAAAGACCCACUCACCUAUCAGUUCCUGAAAAUUUGUCGCCAUUAUUGGGAUUCGAAACCAGGACCUACCGACCCAGAAGCAGACGUGCCGACCACUGGGCCAACCUGGAUGGCAUUUACUGUAUUUUAGCACCACUGGUUCCAGGAUUCUCUGGAAAUAGAGGAAAACCGCCUUCAAUUGAUGAUGCAUUUAUCCCAUCGAGCCGCAAUUGGGAACGAUAUCACUGCUGAACAAUUGACACUCUCUAACGCACUGGUUUCUUCGCUUGACUCGUAGCAACAUCGGAAUGUUUGUAUUUUGCCCCGGCCGGAAUGCCACUGAUUUUAAAUUCCAAGAAAAAUUUGGCACCACUUGAGAGUUUUCAUCUCUUUCGCGGUCUCAGCCAAUCUCAGCCGAUCAAAGAGCUUUACUGCUCAAACUUAUUUUUACCACUUCUCUUCGGACGCUGGUGAAUAUUGUGCACACAUGAACUGACCAUAAGUUCCAGGAUUUGAUCUGCAAUUCUUCAUUCGUGUUUUUACUUAUGGGAAUAGCAAAUUCAAGAGUCUUUAACCAUGGACUUUAUUGUUAAAUGGAGUGGUCCAUGGAACCUGAUUUAUGGAAUGGGUUUUAACAUGGUUCCUUCCCAAUGAAGGUCUACUCGCCGAAUCGAAUACUAAUUUUUGAACUAAACUACCACAAGCAAUCAUUAUUCCCAAAUAAGUAAAACAAGUUUAAUACUAUAAUUUAGAAACAAUCACUCCAUGUUUUUUUCGGGCUUUUUGGCUGAAACCAUAUAAAAAGAAACCUACCAAAA